CAGCGCCCGCAUCGUCCUUAUGUCUCCCACAUGAAGUCAGUCCGAACUUGCUAAAAAAAAGAAAAGAAAGAAAAAAGAACGGAUGCCAAAAGGAAGGCAAAUGUGUAAUACCCUCUUUUGGGGGUAUUAGAUACACAGCAGGCAAUAUUGACACAUUGUAUCGGGUGCCUUGACUUCCACGCAGCGGCAGCAUGGAUCUGUCAUUCAUGGCAGCGCAGAUCCCCGUCAUGACGGGAGCCUUCAUGGACUCUUCGCCAAACGAUGACUACAGCGGCGACCACUCGCUUUUCAAUUCCUCGGCCAGCGUCCACGCCGCCGCCUCUGCCGCCUCGGCGCAGGCCCAGUUGGACGAGCAGCAGUCCAUGUCCAGUGAUGCCAUCUGGCUCUGGAUCGCCAUCGUCGCCACCAUUGGAAACAUAGUGGUGGUGGGCGUCGUCUACGCCUUCACCUUCUGAUGAGCUCGUGCUCACGUGCACAUGGGAAAAACCGAGUGCACGCGGUCACGUCCUGAUCAGUCCAGGUGUCCGGGCCCUCAAGGGAGUCCACACCUAUACAGAAAGAUGCACCUGCUCUCUCUCUCUCUCUCCCUCUCUUUUUUCCUGCCUUUCUCUCGUUUCCCAUAUGUUUCUCUCCCUCCGUCCCGUCUGACUUCUGGUUCAGUGUGGACCCCCAAUGUUGUGGAAUGUGUAACGACGUAGGCUGUAUUUUACUACUUCCUCUCUUAGAGGAACAAAGACUCGGGUGCUUUUGUUGGCACUGAUGAGUUUUGGAUCGUGUAACUGGAAGUUUGAAAAGGAACAUUUGUGUACAAAAGCUCUCAAGCAAAGAGGCUGAAACAACACACCUACCCCCCCCCCACCCACCAGAAUCCAAGGAGCUUUCUUUCUUUCUUUUUUUUUGUUCCUUCUUAAGUUUGUUUCCAUGUUUCCACCCAGACGACACACUCACUUAUCAUGCAGAGCUGGGCGGCGGAGAUUAAAUGGGGCUUAUGAUGGGAGGUGAUCUGGACCAUCUUAAAUAUUCUCCAAGAUGGUUGCUAAGCGAUUCAGGGGCUCAGAAGAGAGGAUGAUGGGGAAACCAAUGUUGUCAACCAGCCCUGUGACCCUGGUAGUUAAGAAGUCAUUUUAAGACUAAUAUGUUUAACAGCGUACAUGCUAAUUGUGUCUUACAUAUUUUAUUUGCAGGAAAUUUAGAAGUAAAUACUGACUCUAAUGCUUUUUCUAAUGUGCUUUAUGCUAAAUUUUACUGUAUUGCAUUGUUUGUUAUGCAAAAUCAGUGUAAUGGAAACAAUGAUGUUGUCAUUUUAGUUAUUUGGUAAUAAGUCAGCUUACUAUUCUGUCAUAGACAUAGUAUCCAUGGAUAAUUAUGGCAAAAUAGCAUUAUGUUAUCAUGCUCAUUUCAUUUAUGGUAUUAAUCUAUUAUGGAUUAAAAAACAGAUAUUAACAAAGUGGAACAAUAGCAACAGUAUACCGAUGUCCAAUUACCCUUUCAUGCCCAUAUGUUUAAUUUUUCUUUGCAUUGAACAGGGACUGCUACAUAAAAGAUGGAAGUUCUCUCUUUCCUUGUAAAGGGUUUUAUUGCAAGAAAUUUGCUGAUUCCAAAAAAAAAAAAUCCCUCUCACACCAUCUAAAAUGUUAUUAUAUGUCAACAAAGCUAAAUGCAAAUAACCUCAUUGAUAAUCUGUGCUGAUCUUUGCACAAAUAUUAGAACAUCCCCGCAAACCAUGGAUUCACAUUUUAAAAGCCUCUUGGAUAUGAAAGUACUCACUUAUGGUCUGGAUCAAGCCCGACUCUUUAAAUUUGUUACUGCUCAGUGAGUCAGCUUUCCGAUACUGUGGAGUCCAGAGGCUGCCGUUUCCCCGGGGAUUAUCCUGCUGCCUAAUUGGGAACAUUAACUUUACUCGGUUUGAGACACAUCCAAGGAUUUGGUGGCAGCCAUGUCCUUUCUGUGCCUGAUUUUCAGCAUUCAGUUAAACCACGCACACACACACACACACAUACACACACACACACACACAC